AAUAUAAACUAUCGUUUUAUAAUUCAUUCAAAAUGUUGUAUAGGUCCCACGGUGGGACACAUGACAGCUUAGUAGGCAUCGUGUUCUAGAUUUCUACUGAUAAGAAGUUGAGUGGCGUCAUCAAUGUUCUCUACAUCGUGAUUUUGCCUAUAGAUAUGAUACGUGAAAUCUGAAAUUUAGGAUUAGAAAUUAAUUUUGCAACCAUCUUUGGCGUAGUUUUGUAUGUCGUGCGGUAUUAAAGUUGUUGAGUGCACUAACAAAGUAUAAUUGUUUUCAAUUUUAAAACUGGCUGAUUAAGAUCAUUGUGGAUUAUACAACUAUAUUAAUAGAACCAUUUAGUAUUUGCUAUCGUUACUAAUAAAAAUUAAUGGGUUCAAUUUCUAGCAAAAGACUGAUUCCAGUUACAAUGGCGGCAAAAGAAUUUGUUAAUGAUGCAAUUGCUCACAAUCACAUUGUUGUAUUUUCCAAGACUGACUGUGGUUACUGUAAAAUGACAAAAGAAAUUUUUGAUAAACUCAAAGCUAAUUAUACAGCAAUAGAGCUGAAUAAUAGAGAUGAUAUGGAUGACAUACAAAACGCUUUGGAAGAAAUUACUGGCGCCCGUUCAGUGCCUAGAGUGUUUAUUAGUGGUAAAUUCAUUGGCGGAGGAUCUGAUAUAAAGAAGUUGAAUACAUCAGGAAAAUUAGUAGAGAUGAUCAAGUAGAAACAUUAAAAGUCAAUCAAGUUAUAUAUUCAUAUUAGUUAUUUAUUAUUCCCAUGUGCAAAAUUUUAAAUGCUUUAAUUACUAUGUAACACGUAUAUUAUUUUAAGUUUAAUUUUCAUAAUGAACAGGCAUUAUAGUAAUUGUAAGAAAAAUAUUGAAAAUUAUAUGCAUUUAAAUUGAAGAAUUGUAA